UUAUUCUUACAUGCUGCACCCGUGUCGGGGCCGUCGUGGCCCCAAGGGGGGGCGCUGUGUCGGGGGGGGUGGUGGUGGUGGUGGUGGUGGUGGUGGUGGUGGUGGUGGUGGUGGUGGUGGUGGUGGUGGUGGUGGUGGUGGUUGUGGUGGUGGUGGUGGUGGUGGUGGUGGUGGUGGUGGUGGUGGUGGUGGUGGUGGUGGUGGUGGUGGUGGUGGUGGUGGUGGUGGUGGUGGUGGUGGUGGUGGUGGUGGUGGUGGUGGUGGUGGUGAUGGUGGUGGUGGUGGCAGGGAAAGUGGGUCUGACGAAGGGAUCGGCAUCUACAACAAUGGACGGAGAGUACAGCUACCCAACUGGGACGAUACUGGAGAUAUCCCAGUGGAGACACUCGCACGAUUCGAGAAGGACGUGAAGCGGACCGACACCGGGUUCCUGGCGAUAGCAACAGAGGUAGAGAAUGACGGAGAGAAAGCCUCGGAAACUCCAGAACAAAUCAAGGAAUUACUGAAGGAGUUCCAAGACAUUCUUCCUAACGAUCUUCCGAACGAGCUACCGCCAUACCGAACGCAUCAACAUGAGAUCGUGGAGGAACCUGGUUCGAAGCCGACCUUCCGAGCACCAUACCGGCUCAGCCCUACGGAACUGACUGACAUGAAAAAACAGAUCGAGUAUCUCCUAGCCAAAGGACUCAUCCGGCCAUCCACUUCGCCAUACGGUGCCCCAGUACUCUUCACACCGAAACCGGACGGAAGCCUGCACAUGUGCGUCGACUACCGAGCUCUUAACAAGCAGACCAUCAAGAAUAAAUAUCCGAUACCGCGAAUCGAUGACCUGCUUGACCAGCUUCGGGGAGCUACGGUAUUUUCCAAACUGGAUCUGCGGUCCGGAUACUGGCAGAUACGGAUGGCGGACAACUCUAUCCACAAAACUGCUUUUCGAACUCGGUAUGGAUCGUACGAGUAUUUGGUAAUGCCGUUCGGACUCACCAUCGCGCCGGCAACGUUCCAAGCCGAAAUGAACCACAUUCUACGACCACUUCUGGACGAAUGCGUGGUGGUGUACCUGGACGACAUACUCAUCUACUCGCGCGACAUGAAGCAGCACGUCGAACACCUGCGACGCGUCUUUGAAAUUCUUCGACGGGAACGAUUCUACGUCAAACUGUCCAAGAGCGAAUUCGCCCUUGAAAAGGUCCAGUUCCUAGGACACAUGGUGAGCGCUCAAGGAGUUCACGUCGACCCCAAGAAAAUCGAGGCAGUACGCACGUGGAAGACACCCGAGAACGUGAAGGAGUUGCAGCAAUUCCUAGGCUUCGCUAAUUACUACAACAGGUUCGUGCCACAGUAUGGGAAAAUCGCAGCACCACUCACGAAUCUGCUGAAGAAGAACACGCCCUAUAAAUGGGAAUCAAAGCACCAGGAAGCCGUGGAGCAGCUAAAACAAGCACUCACGUCCGUACCGGUACUCAUCUUGCCAGAUCCCGAACGCAACUACGUGAUCGAAGCUGACGCCAGCGACCAGGUAGUGGGGGCAGUUUUAAUGCAAGACCAGGGGAAUGGACUGCAACCAAUCGCCUACCUCAGCAAGAAACUACACGGAGCAGAACUAAACUACCCGAUACACGACAAAGAGGCCCUUGCCAUCGUCAUCGCCUUCAAAGCGUGGAGAUGUUAUCUCGAAGGACGAAGAACAACCGUCUACACCGAUCACUGCAGCCUGAAAUACUUGAAGACACAACCCAAUCUUUCCAAGCGGCAGGUCCGGUGGAUCGACUUCCUCGAGACACACUUCCACUACAACAUCGUGUACAAGCCCGGCCACAAAAACAAAGCAGACGCUCUCAGCCGGCCUGCACACGUUGCCGCUAUUCAGAUUGAAGGGAUGAAUCCACUACUCAAGGGACUCUUCACACACGGGUACGCCAUCGACCCCGAAAUUCCCUUGGCAGAAAAGCGACAUUUGCUACAGUGGGACAGUGACAUUGCAUACCGGAAAGGAUCAACAAAAAUCUGGGUACCCAAUUACCCUCCUUUGCGCCAGAUACUACUCGAAGAAUACCACGACGUCCUCUACGCCGGACACUUCGGUAGCAACAAGACGCUCACCGGUAUCGCCAAACACUACUACUGGCCCCAUAUGGCAGACGACGUCCAGAAAUUCGUCACCUCGUGUGAUACAUGUCAGCGGAUGAAGAGCAGCAAGCAGAAAAAGGCGGGACUACUGCAGCCUCUUCCUGUCCCAGAACAGCCAUGGCAAGUGGUCAGCCUAGACUUCAUCACCGGGUUACCACCUACCACCAGCAGUCAUGACGCAAUCCUUGUCGUCAUUGACAAGUUCUCUAAAAUGGGAUACUUCAUCCCGACACACACGACGGCACGCACCGAGGAGACAGCACAGCUCUUCGUUCGUCACAUCAUCUCACAGCAUGGCAUCCCAACCACACUCAUUUCCGACCGAGAUCCCAAGUUCACCAGCAAGUUCUGGAAGGAACUUAUAUCGCUUCUCGGGACCAAACUCGCCAUGUCAUCCGCAUACCAUCCGCAGACAGACGGACAGACCGAGCGCCUCAACCAAAUUGUUGAGCAACUCCUCCGAGCAGCCUGCAAGGACGACAUCUCCAAAUGGGACUUGCACCUGCCCGUACUAGAGUUUGCUUACAACAAUGCUACGCAUGCCGCUACUGGACAGACGCCGUUCUUCCUCUGCUACGGACGCCACCCACUCACACCACAGAAACCGACAACAUCCGCUACAGUACAACCUGCACAUGAUUUCAUCACAACCAUGCAUCAGCUUUGGGAUCGGACCCACAAGCGCCUCCUUGACAUUCAACAGCAACAGAAGCACCAGGCCGAUCGCCAUCGCAACGACCACACCAUCACGGUGGGAGACCAGGUGCUUCUUGACACCCGCAACCUGGACAUCAGCCACCUCCCAUCUAAACUUCGACCUCGCUUCUGCGGGCCUUUUCUCGUUGAAGCACAGGUCACUCCUGUUACCUUCCGCUUACGCCUGCCAGCUACCUGGAAGAUUCACAACGCCUUCCAUGUCCAGCUUCUGAAGCCCUACCGGGAUCCGAACACGAUCUUCGUCGGACGCCAACCGCCGCCGCCGCCGCCCGUCCUCGUUCACAAUGAACCCGAGUACGAGGUCGAGUCCGUGCUAGCACACCGCCGACGUCGGAAUGGCACCAUGGAGCUUCUCAUCCGUUGGAAGGGUUAUGACCCUUCUGAGGACAGCUGGGUCCCUGAGUCCGACAUGGGUAAUGCCCGUCGUCCUCUGCAUGACUACAUUGAACUGCGGUGUGCAGCAGUUAUAACUGCUCCAGCCCCUCAAUCGUCAACUGCAUCGUUGGUUAGCUCUGGUCAUCCGUCUCCUGAAUACCUAACCAUGGCUGCCUCAGCUGUGUCUGCCAAGUUUACCACCCCUGCCCAGGCUGUGUCCAAGGGCCUUGGCGACUUCGAUGGCCUGAAGAGCACCAAUGUGGCCUCGUUUGGCAAGAAGCAGGAGGACUUCAUUGCUCGUGUCGGCGCUCAGACUGCCGCGGCUCCCUCUUCUGCCAAGCGGGCGGUUGCUGAGGCCAAGAUCAAGGUGGCCAUCAAUGGCUUCGGACGCAUUGGCCGCAACUUCGUCCGCUGCUGGCACGGCAGGGAAGACUCCCCUCUUGAGAUUGUUGCCAUCAACGACUCCGGCGGUGUGAAGCAGGCUUCCCACCUCCUGAAGUACGAUUCCAUGCUCGGCACCUUUGGCGCUGACGUGAAGGUCGUCUCCGACAAGGCCAUCUCCGUCGAUGGGAAGGAAAUUAAGAUUGUUUCCGACCGCAACCCGCUGAACCUUCCUUGGGGAGAGCUGGGGAUUGACCUCGUCAUCGAGGGUACUGGCGUCUUCAUCGAUAACGAGGGUGCUGGCAAGCACAUCAAGGCAGGUGCCAAGAAGGUUCUCAUCACUGCCCCUGGCAAGGGUGCCAUUCCGACGUACGUGAUUGGUGUCAAUGCUGACCAGUACACGAACGACGAUGUCAUCAUCUCUAACGCGUCCUGCACCACCAACUGCCUUGCUCCCUUCGUCAAGGUCCUUGAUGAGAAGUUCGGCAUCGUGAAGGGUACCAUGACUACUACCCACUCUUACACCGGUGACCAACGUCUUCUGGAUGCCUCCCACCGCGAUCUGCGUCGUGCACGUGCGGCUGCCCUCAACAUUGUGCCAACCUCAACUGGUGCUGCGAAGGCCGUCUCCCUCGUGCUCCCUAAUCUGAAGGGGAAGCUGAAUGGCAUUGCUCUCCGCGUGCCCACUCCGAACGUCUCCAUUGUUGACCUCGUGAUCCAAACCGAGAAGAAGACUUUCGCUGAGGAGGUCAACGCAGCCUUCCGUGAGGCCGCCAAUGGCCCGCUCAAGGGUGUUCUUGCUGUUUGCGACGAGCCUCUUGUGUCAGUCGACUUCAGGUGCUCAGACGUGUCUUCCACAAUUGACUCAUCUUUGACCAUGGUCAUGGGUGACGACAUGGUGAAGGUCGUUGCAUGGUACGACAACGAGUGGGGCUAUUCUCAGCGCGUCGUUGACCUUGCUAACCUCGUGGCUGAGAAGUGGGAGUAGAUUUUGAGCAAGAUGCAUCAUGUUUAGCUCACUUCAUUUAAUGAGGAUGGAGAUGAUUCAUUAUGUAACUUGGCUGUCACUUGCAAAUAUUAAGGCUUGCAUCCCACAUCCAUCCAAGCGGGCGACUGCCCCGAUUUCAGCUCCCAUAUCCCCCCCUCUUCGCCAGUCCACACCUGUGAGAGUGAUAUAAAGGCUUUUUGCCUGA